AUGUUCACUAGCACCGAGUGGGAGGAAUGCAAAUUUUCUGGUACUCCUAAAGGGAGAACCUCAUAUGGAACGGUGACAAGUCUCCAAUUUUGGGCCGGUGUGACACUAUGUUUAAAAGUGUUUUCCCCUUUGGUGAAAGUUCUUCGAAUGGUUGAUGCGGAUUGGAAGCCGUCAAUGGGUUUUGUUUACGGGGAGAUUAAAGGAGCAAAAGAAGAAAUUAUGAAAGCUUUGGGUGGUCAAGAGAAAACUUACAAGCCUAUUAUAGAUAUCAUAAACACCAAGAUGAAAGGGAUGCUAGAUUCAAAAUUACAUCUAACGGCUUAUCUUUUGAAUCCUUAUUAUCAUUUUGGAGAUUUAGAGAUGCAAAGACAAGUUGUGACUAUUGACUUGCCAAAGUACAAGGAAAAAGUUGAUAGAUUUGGAGUGGAGCUUGCAUAUAAAUCUUGUAUGGUGAACGAUGCCGACUUUGAUCCGACAAGAUGGUGGGGACUUUUUGGUGGCUCAACUCCUCAUUUGACAAAGAUUGCAAUGAGGAUUCUUUCUUUAACAAGUAGUUCGUCGGGUUGUGAAAGGAAUUGGAGCACGUUUGAAGUGGUACAUACAAAGAAACGAAAUAGAUUGGAGACAAGUAGAUUGAACAAUCUUGUUUAUGUUCAAUUCAAUGCUAAUUUAAUGGAAAAAAAACAAAAAGAGAAAAGAUAGAACUUUGGAAGUGCUUUUAGCAAAUGAUUCUCACUCGGCUCAAGAAUGGAUUGUUGAUUCUAAUGAUCGAGAUAUAGAUGAAGUUGACCCCGAAUCAAUUAUGGAAUCGAUUGAUGAAGCUCCCGGGACUAACGAUAAUCAAGCACCCCGUCAAAAUUCAACAACCAGAGAACUUUUUGAUGAAGAUUUUGAGUCCGAGAAUGAGGAGCAAGUGUUUGAAUAAGGUGAAUAUGAAUCGGAUGGAGUUCAAAUAUUGGAAGAAGUCGGAGGAGAUUAGAAGUAAAUGAACAUUUAAAUCUAUGAAAAUGUGUUUUUUUGGGAUUAUUAAACUUAUUAUGGACUUGUACUUUGAUG